AUGACCAACAUAUACAGACAGAAAUCAUGCCUUCAGAGUGUCGGAGGUCGAGGUUGGCUCCAAGGUGUCGAUCUAAUCUCCGAAACAACAGGCAGACCUCUCGCUCGGCAUUUUGGUGGCGUGCAAUAUGCACAAGCUCCGACUGGGGAUCUUCGGUUUCGUAGGACAAGAGCUUUACCACCCGACUUCAGCUACGGGAGUGAGCAAACACCCUACGCAUACAGAUCAGACUGCCAUGUGUGUCCGCACCCCGACUGGCCUGGUGUUCUGGCCCCAGCGGACAAGACACGGUGGAGCGAAGAUUGCUUGAGGGCCAAUAUCUGGGUGCCAUCAGGUACACCACCGUCAGGAGGAUGGCCUGUCUUCUUUUUCAUUCACGGCGGGUUUCUGCAAUUUGGAAAUCCUAAUAAAGCUGCGGGCAUCGUUGCGCAAAUGUUCGAAGAGACAUCGCUGAAAGCUAUUGUUGUCAUGCCGGGAUAUCGCCUAAACCUGCUAGGAUUUCUCACAAGCCAUGAACUUCAUGCUGAGGCACAGGUGGACAGUGAGAGUGCUGGGAAUAUGGGUUUCUGGGACCAGAGGACAGCACUCGAAUGGACUGCAAGCAUCGUCCCCUUCCUCGGUGGAAAUCCUGACAACAUUACUGUGGGCGGCUACUCUGCAGGAGCUCACUCUGUGUUCCAUCAACUUUCACAUGAUCUGUACUUACCAAGAUCUCGGUCGCUCAUCAAACGCGCAGUCAUGUGGUCGAACGGUACUGGAAUCCAACCGAAGAAUAUUCACGAACACCAAAUCGCGUUCGACGAGCUUUUGUCGAAGCUUCAGAUCUCGAAAUCGACUUCAAGCUCUGAAAAACUGAAGAUCCUACGCCAGACACCAGCCACUGACCUGAUAGAUGCUCUCGAACAAAUGAGUAACUCCCAAUUCAGAGGAUUCUCGGACAACGACUUCGUGAUUCAAGACCUGAUAGCCAGUAUCAACACUGGAGACUAUGGCAGGCGUAUGAAGGAACGAGAGAUAAAACUACUGAUUGGGGAAUGUCAAGACGAGCACAACCUCUACCGAGCCUGGAAAACACCAAAGAACUCAUGGAAAGCAGUCUAUGAACGACUCCUCGAGGACUAUCCCGCACCAACCGUCGAUCGAACUAUGAAACUUUAUGCUCCGAACAAGAACUUACCCAAUGACUGUACCGAUUGGACCGUACUCUUUGGUAAGAUCUAUGCUGAUCUACAAGUCCAUUGCCUGGAACGAGGUUUCAUAAAGAACCUAUCGGACGCAGGAAUUGUCGUCGGGAGAGACAUCCUCCGGUACCGGAUUGAGCUGAGAGUCAAGUGCGCGGAUUCCAUGUGGCCUGUAGAAUGGGGCGUUACGCAUGCCACCGAUGACGGGAUCUGGUGGUGGGGAAACGGGUGGGCUGAUGGGCUCACUCCGGACGAGAAGCGUGCGAUCAAGCCUCUGUACGAUGCAUUUGCUCAGUUUGUAGCCGGGGAGACCAUGGAGUGGGCCAAGACGGGCCCUAGAUAUGCUCGAAGACUGACCACUCAGGGCACCAUGGACUUCUGGGAAGACACGCGCUGGGAGGAAGCGCAACAUGUCUGGGAGGCCGUGAAUCCUCCGCAAACCGGCUCCGUGAAGGCCAAACUGUGA